AUGCUCUGGCUGAUGUUUCUCCUCGGCUGCGGUCGAGCAGCUCUUGUUCCGAAGGAAGACUUGCCUGGGGAAAACUUGCGGAGGAUACUGAAGGAGGUGAUCAAAGGAGAUCUCCGCGAUGAUUGCGCUCUGUAUGCCGCGAUCCCUGUGGAAGAAACAUGGGGAUUCCUCGGGGAAUCCCUCAACUCCAUUUACCUCUGGGACCCGGAGCGGAAUUCUUCGUCGGUCGUCGCCCGGAUGGUCAAAAACUCCAUGGGCCAGGCUUGUGUCGCCUUUUUCAUCAGUGUGAACCGGUCCCAACUUCUGGAUCUGAAUCAGGACCCUGGCAUUCAGCAAGAUUUCUUUCCUUCUAAACGGAAGAAGUUUCUCUUGAUCCGAGACGAGUUCCCAGAGGACAUUUGGCACCUUCCCGGCUUGAACCGUAGCAAUAACGUUUACGCAUUUCAGUUAUGGACUCAAAAGUUGACACUGAGCACCGUCUGCCUCUAUUGUCGACAAGGGAACACCACCCACGAGAAACUGAAAACGUGGAGUCUGAAUCGUCCAUUGCGGAGAACCCAGACUUUGACACUACCGAAGUCAUUCCGGGGUCAAUUCUACGGGAAACACGUUUUGGUACCCAUGAGAACCCUUGCACCUUAUGGCUAUCUCGUGGUAUCCCCCAGCGGCACCAAGACAUAUGAAGGUUUGGAUGGACAGGUCCUCCGCGCCCUGUCCCGCAAGUUCAACUUCGUCUCGGAGUUCCUCCUCAUUGAGAGCGGUGUGGAGGCGGUCCUCCGCGCCCUGUCCCGCAAGUUCAACUUCGUCUCGGAGUUCCUCCUCAUUGAGAGCGGUGUGGAGGCGGUUAGGAACGACCUGGUGGCGGCGAGAACCGCGGAUUUCGUCAUUUCUGGAUCCACCAUCGGGACCAGCAAGGAUAUCGUCUAUUCCAACCCGUAUUGGAUCGAGAGGCUCAAGUUCAUUACUACGAAGCCCAUGGAGGGGAGUCCCUGGAAACGAGUCUUCAAGCCAUUCAAUGUUAUGACUUGGCUUCUCCUGGUCCUUGUCCUGGUUCUGACCAUGGUCAUAUUUGGAUGGCUUUCUACCUUGCCCUGUCAGGUUUUCGGUACGAUCCGCGUAGACAGUUGGUAUGCAUUUCAGAUCAUGGUUCUGCAAUCGAGGAAUAGAAAUCGGCAACCCGAUGAUUUCGGAUUGCAGAUCGCCCUAGGAAGUCUCAUACUGUUUGCAUACCUCAUCUUUGCAUGCAUUUAUUCUCAGACCUUGACCUCGUACAUGGCAGUUCCAGGGUACGAUCCACCGGUGGACAGCAUGCAGGACAUUGAGGAUAGGGAAAUAACCUGUUAUGGUACACUUGGCAUUCCGAUAUUCGAUAGUCUUUAUGACAAUAAUCCAAAGGUGAAAGCCAGGCUGAUAUACUAUUCGAACGACGGUCGCGAUCCUUACUGGACUCUGACUCCCUACCGUGGAAUGGUCAAAGAACCAGGAAAACACUGCCUCGCCACAGGAAGAUCCGUAUCCAGCAGCACAUUCAAUCGAUACCUCAUGAACGCUCAAGGACAGAUCCCCUUUCACGUAUCGGCGCAAAACGCGAACAUGAUGCUAAAGGUGAUGAUCCUCCAACGGCAUUGCCCCUACGAGGAUGAGUUCAACGAUGCUAUCCUCCGUCUUGAACGGGCCGGGUUGCUGCGUUGGUGGUACGACAUGGAACUUUACCUGGGAUUCCUGUCGGGGCUCCAUGAUCGGCGACUGGGUAUCAAAGGUCCUGUGGAUGUUCCUGACACGCUGAACUUCGACGAUAUCGGACGUCGUGUGCCACGGGAUCAUCAAUCCUUCACAAUCCAACACCUUCUCGGGUUAUUCGUGAUCCUCUUCGUCGGAUACGGACUGGCGCUUCUCGUAUUUCUUGGGGAAAUUGCUUGGCAUCGAUGGGCGUCGAAUCGUCUGGGUUCGCAGGUGAAGGCCGUCUAA